CGAGAGCAAAACUUCGAUGUUUGGUUUAGAUAUUAUAGUCCACAUCGUGCCGUUUCUCAGAAGAAGAAAAAAAAUAUUGCGAUGACGUCGGCAUUUAGGUCAGGAAUGGAAACCGAAAGCAUGCAAACUUUGGAAAACGAAUCUUAAUAGCAGGGCGGGGAAUGUUGUGUUUUCAUCGGGUGUUCCCACGACCUGCUAUAUAAAGAGGGACGAGAUUAUUCUCCACAUAUCUUACGCUUCGUUACUUGUUACGCAACUCAACCGCCUAUUCAAGACACACGCAGGACAUUAUUCUUUCAAAGAACACACUGGGAUGAUGGAGCUUAUCAUCAAAGGUCUGAACGGAGAGCCACAGACUGUGACCGUGACCGCGAGCACCACAGUCGGUGAACUCAAACAACUAAUCGCGCAGCGCUUCCAAGUGCCGCCAUCGCGCCAGAAGCUUUGCAUGAGCAACGGACACACGAUCCACCUGGACAACGACCUCAAAACCGUUAGUGCUUACGGUCUGAGCUCCGGGACCAGUGUGUCGCUGCUGAUCCUGUCGAGACCGGUUCCUUUCCAGGUGUUCAUUAAAAAUGAGAAGGGCCAGACAAAAACUUACGAUGUCACUGAGGACGAGACCGUCGAUUCGCUGCAGAGAAAGAUCUUCAAUAAGGAGAGGACCCCGGUGGACCAGCAGAGGCUCAUCUACAGCGGCAGACAGCUGGAAUCUGACAAGAAGCUGAAGGACUACGACAUCACAUCAGGAAGCACCAUUUACAUGAAUCUGCGGCUUCGUGGAGGUUGACAGCCCUUUAGCAAAGCUGGUGCUGGUCUUAAAGUUCAUGUUAAUUUGUGUCGAUUCAAUACUGUUAAUGCAUUAAUAGUCAGCAGAACGUGUAGCUUACGUGUAAAAGGCUCAUACUUAGAAGUCGUUGCAAGUGAAAAUUUCAAGAAACAUUUAUCUGAAUCAAAAUGGAAAUAAUAUACCUACUGCGCUGGAUGUGGUUGGCAUAUAACUGGAAGAGCUACGUUAAGUGUUUAAUUUGGUGACUAAGGUGUUUUUAUUUAAUGUAUGUGCAAAGUUGCCAGCUAAUUAUUCAGUUAUUGCUUUGCACUGUUUAUGACUGACAACUGAUUAUUUUAGCCUGUUUCCUCUUCAUGCUGUUUCCUAAUAAGCUGUUGUUAAUUAAAUUUAUACGCACUCUUAAAAGUA